CCACCCACACAUACUAACAAAGACCGGCCAAGAGGCUGCAGUAAACGCCGUGCAUUUAUGCCGCGUUAUUUAUAUUUGCUUGUUCGGUUAUUGUUUUAUACAGUUUAGGUAGGUAGCUUUGUCGUUCCAUUUUCAUGAUGGGAUAUAAAGGAGGAUUAUUGGCGGUCUUUGUCCUAAAUUUUGCAUUCAUUUUUCCAACAAUAUAUUCUGCGCACGGGGAUAUAAGCUACACGAUGACAGAGGAAAUGAAACGAGGAACGGUUAUUGGGAAUAUUGGAAAAGACCUUGGUUUGAACGUGAACGAAUUGACCGCUCGGAAGGCUCGGAUCGACACGAAAGGAACCAGCAAGCCAUACUGCGAGAUAACCGUGAAUAAAGGGGACUUGAUCAUAGCCGAACGGAUAGACAGGGAGGCGCUUUGUGGAAAGAAACCCUCGUGUGUUUUAAAAAUGGAGCUUGUAUUGGAGGCGCCUUUAGAACUGCAUCGCGUCAGUCUUCAUGUCCAAGAUAUUAAUGACAAUCCCCCGCUGUUCCAAAACGACAUCAUUAAAAUGGAAAUAGGCGAAUCGACUGCCAAAGGGGCUCGUUUUUCUUUGGACGGAGCACACGAUGCGGAUAUAGGAGACAAUGCUGUGCAGGGAUACGUUUUACAAACAAAUGAGCAUUUUAUUUUAAACUUUGAAACCAAGUCUGGCGCACGAAAGCACUGCGAACUAAUCUUAGAGAAAGAGUUAGAUCGGGAAAACCACCAACACAUUGAUUUGCUUCUCACGGCUGUGGAUGGUGGUUCCCCCCAGAGAUCAGGUACUGUAGCCAUCCACGUCACGGUGCUGGAUGCUAAUGACAACACCCCGGUAUUUAGUCAGGCCUCGUAUAAAGCCAGUAUUCCAGAAAACGCUCCUUUAGACACUAUAGUAGUUGUAGUUCGUGCCUCUGAUGCAGAUGAAGGGGUUAAUGGUGAGGUGACAUACGGCCUGGAUCACAUCUCAGAUAGCGGUAAUGUGUUUUCUCUAGAUUCAAAAAGCGGCGAGGUGAGAGUUAUUGGGUCUAUAGAUUAUGAAGAAGAGUCAUCAUAUGAAAUUCAAAUAAGCGCAAAAGAUGGCCUUGGAUUAGCCUCGUACUCCACGUUGAUGAUCGAUGUGACUGACGUCAACGACAACGCGCCUGAGAUCUAUCUGAAAUCUCUGACUAACCCAAUUGCAGAGGACGUCCUCCCCGGUACCGAGGUGGGAAUAAUUAACGUCCACGACGAAGACUCAGACAGUAACCGACAAGUGCGCUGCUCGAUUGAGCAAAACGUACCCUUCAAACUGAUACCAUCCAUUAAAAACUAUUAUUCUCUCGUAACUACUGACAAACUGGACCGGGAGCAGGUCACCAACUACACUGUUACAGUCCUCGCCACGGACGAGGGCUCGCCCCCAAUGACGUCCACCAAGACUUUUCAGCUUUCUGUAGCGGACGUUAACGACAACCCGCCGGUGUUCGCUGAGCAAGCAUACAAGGCCUACGUUUCAGAAAAUAACAAACGUGGCUCUACCCUAUGUUCGGUGACAGCUCAAGACCCAGACUGGAGACAAAACGGAACUGUCUUUUUUUCUCUUUUACCUGGUGCAAUCAACGGUGUCCCAGUUUCUUCGUUUUUGUCCAUUAUCGGAGACACCGGUGUAAUACAAGUUGUUAAAUCGUUUGAUUAUGAACAGUUCAGGAGUUUUACGUUCGGUGUGAAUGCCAGAGACAACGGAUCCCCUCCGCUCAGUAGCAACGUGACUGUCAGCGUUUUUAUCACGGAUCGAAAUGACAACACUCCUCAGAUCCUGUAUCCCGCCUCAGAGGGGAACUCUUUCUUGACUGAACUGGUUCCCAAAUCUUCACACGGAGGUGCGUUGGUUUCCAAGGUGAUAGCGGUUGAUGGGGACUCUGGACAGAACGCCUGGCUGUCCUAUCAGAUCAUUAAGUCUACUGAUCCGGGACUUUUCAAAAUCGAUCUGCACAGUGGGGAGAUCAGGACCCAGCGAGACAUUUCCGAGACUGAUAACAUGAAACACAAUCUUAUUGUGGCAGUGACCGAUAACGGACAGCCCACCCUUUCUAUCACAUGUACCAUCUAUCUACUGAUUUCUGAUAAUCUCUCUGAGGUUCCGGAGCUGAAAGACUUGUCCUAUGACGACAACAAUUCUCAACUGACAUUCUAUCUGAUAAUCGCUCUGGUGCUGGUCUCCAUGCUUUUACUGACUUUCAUUAUAAUUAUCCUGGGUGUUCGUUUCUGUCACAAGACGAAGCCACGGAUGAUUUUUGACGGCGCAGUUGCAAUUCCCGGCGCAUAUCUCCCAAGUUACGCAGAGGGUGACGGAACAGAGACAAUGCGGAGCGCCUACAACUAUGACGGUUAUCUUACUACAGGGUCUCGAACCAGUGAUUUUAAAUUUGUCACAUCCUACAACGACGCCACGCUGCCUGCCGACCUGACACUGAGGAAAACUGAUUUUGGAGAUAUGUUUGGAGAUUCAGAAGGGUCACCAGAGGUAAGACAGUUUCACUGUACCAACUUUUAAAGCCUUACCUGUGUUUAGACCACACGCUCUCACCAACACCACCUGAUGACUUAUUUGAUUUGUUUUCUCAAAUGGAAUCGAUUUUUUUCUAGUACAAUAGCUGUAUCUCUGCUUUUUUUCCUGCUCUGUCUUUUUUGUAAUACCUUGUUUCCUGGAAAUUAUACGAUUUGUGAUGUUUUUAUUUUUAUUUUUAUAUGAGGGAAAUCAAUGUUCAUGUUUUAUUGAUGACCAGAAGUCCACAUGGUUAAUGCAUGAUUGCAUUAAAGGUGUUGUAAUAGGUGCCAAAAUUAUUCAUGAAUCUGGAAGCUCCAUUGCUUAUAUUGACAUGGACUGUCUGUCUCCGCUGGAGCAGGUCACUGCAUAAUCAUAAACCUGCCUGUAGAUGAGCUGCAACCAACUGAAUAAUGCAGUCAUGAUGUGGAGAAUGUCAUGCUUUGCAGCAACAUCCAUUUAAAUGAUGUACCAGCUUCGUGUGUGUGUGUGUGUGUGUGUGUGUGUGUGUGUGUGUGUGUGUGUGUGUGUGUGUGUGUGUGUUUGUGUGCACGUGUGUGCGCAUGUUAAACGCACAACUGUGACCUACUUAAUCAGCCUUUGUAAUGGUGCUGUUUUGAUGUGGUAGUGGACCCUACUGAGGAUCUGAAUGUCCUUCACCUGGAUUAUGAAUAAAUAUGAGAGAUUA